AUGGGCAUCGCGUGGUCGCGCUGGCUCGACGUGCUGCACGGCGGCGAGUCGGAGGGCGUGCCGCCCGCCGUGCCGGCGAUGGUGCAGCGCGCGUACGACCAGUACGCGGACGACAACGGCGUGAUGACCAGCAAGGCGCUGCUCAAGUUCUUCCAGGAGUUCCAGCAGGACAAGGGCGUGCUGCACGGCCCGAUGGCGAAUCUGCUGCUGUCCUUCCCCUCGUCCAGCGCCAAGCCCGCGGACGGCAUCCCGCAGGUCAACCGCAGCCGCUCGCACCGCGCGCAGACGCAGGGGCACCUGCACUCGCGCACGCUGACGCGGUACUCGCUGACGCUGGCCGGCAGCCGCAUGAAGGCGCAGGGGGAGCCCAACGCGGACCAGUUCCUCCACGUGCUGCUCGCCCCGCUGCUCACUCCCGCCCUCGCCAACCGGGUGAGUGCGGACAUGCGGUUACCACUAUCGCACUACUACAUAUACACGGGGCACAACUCGUACCUGAAGGGCAACCAGCUGACGAGCGACAGCUCCGUGAAGCCCAUCGUGAAGGCGCUAAGGCGUGGCGUGCGCGUCAUUGAGCUCGACCUCUGGCCCUCCAGCGACAAGACGGAGAUCCUCGUCAUGCACGGCGGCACACUGACGCGGCCGGUGGGGUUUGCGGAUUGCAUAAGGGCGAUAAAGGAGCAUGCAUUCGCGGUGUCGGACUACCCCGUCAUCAUCACCCUUGAGGACCACCUCCCGCCCCCCCUGCAGGCCAUCGCUGCUCAGGCGAUGUGUGAGGUGUUGGGCGACAUGCUGUACAUUCCCGAGGACGAGUUCCCCCAGGGCGACUUCCCCUCGCCCUACGCGCUGCGCCGCCGCAUCCUCGUGUCCACACAGCCGCCCAAGGGGCCCAAGGAGCUCUCCACUGUCGUCGCCCCUGCCCCUGGGGGAUCCUUCCGGGAAACUGCGGGCGUUGAACCAUGCUCUCCACGUUGCAUGUCCCCACGUAAUCGUGAUGUGGCACGUGUUGACUCGCCUGCUAAUGUGGCACGUGUCGACUUGCCUGCUGAUGUGGCUCGUGCUUCCUCAUCUGCUGAUGUGGCGCGCGCUUCUUCAUCGGAUGAUGUGGCAAGUGGCCGUGUUGUUAAUGGUAUGGUUCGCACUCUACCCGCUGCUGACGUGGCAUGCAACUCCCAUGGUGCUGAGCUGGCACGGGGCCAGGCGGACUGGCUAUCGUUCAGAGACCUGGCAGAGGGGUCAUCAACUGCAACGCUGGCUUCGGCUGCUGCUGCUGCUGCUGCUGCGCCCCCGCACUCACAUCCCCUACCAUCCUCACAUGCACCUGCCAGCAUCAGCCAGCUAUCGGGCAUAGAAGAGGUGGCGGGGGGCCCAGGGGGAAGGGGAGGAGGUGCAGGGGCAGCGGGGGAGGGCAGUGGCGCGGAGGCAGGGGCAGCAGCAGGGGGGAGCGGGCGGGCGCGUGGGGGGCGGGAGUCCUUUUCCUUCCCGGUGGCGGCGGAGGGGGGCGAGGAUGGGGGGGUUGACCCCAGUGUGGCGCUGGGGGCGGCGCUGAGCAUGGGGAACAGACAGCGCGGCAGCAGAGGCAGUCCUACAGGCGGGUCAAGGAAGUUUUCUCGGCGCAUCAGAGGGAGUCCGUCUCGAGGCAGUGGCAGUGGGGUGGGGUGGGGCAGCAUGGGGCACAGCAUGGGGCACAGCAUGGGGCACAGCAUGGGGCACAGCAUGGGGCACAGCAUGGGGCACAGCAGUGGGCAGUGGUCGGGGCGGUCGUUGCAGCUGCACCAGGUGGACGAGACGCACCUCCACCAGGUUCGUACUGCCUCGCCCGCUCCACGUGCCCCUCUCUGCAUCCCCUCCGUUCCAGUGGUGGAGGUGCAGUGGACGCAGGAGGACGCGGCGGAGGAGGCAGCAGAGGACGCGCUGACGGGCAAGGUGCCGCAGUACCGCCGCCUCAUCUCCAUCCCGGGCGGCAAGCUCAAGGGCGGCAGCGUGGAGGAGGGGCUCACCGUGGGGCACGGCGAGGGGGUGCGCCGCAUCUCCCUGUCCGAGACCCAGCUCGCCACCGCUGCGCGCUCCUCGCCCCACCUGCUGCUCAGGUUCACACAGCGCCAUCUGCUGCGCAUCUACCCGUUCGGCCUGCGAGUCACGUCAUCCAACUACAACCCCAUGCAGGCGUGGCUGCACGGGGCGCAGAUGGUGGCGAUGAACAUGCAGGGGUACGGCCGCCCGCUGUGGCUCGUGCAUGGCUUCUUCCGCGCCAACGGCGCCUGUGGCUACGUCCGCAAGCCCGCCUGCCUCAUGGGCGCUGUGGAGGGGAACGCGGAGGGGCAGGAGAGGGAGAGGGGGGGCGGGGGGCAGGAGAGUGUGCCGUACAACCCCCAGGCAGUGCGCCCCGUGGAGCUCUUUCUCAGGGUGCAUGUGAUCCUGGGCACGGGGUGGUACACGCGCUUCUCCCACAACAACUUCGAUGCUGGCGGGCCCAGCCUGCUGUGCCGGGUGGCGGUGGAGGGGGCGGCAGCGGACGUGGGGGAGAGGCGGUUGGACAUCAGGGUGGGCGAGUGGAACCCCUGCUGGGACGACACACCGCUGCUCUUCCCCCUCACCCUCCCCCAACUCGCCCUGCUCUGCUUUGAGGACGACUUUGGAGGGCAGGUGGUGCUGCCAGUGAUGGGCCUGCGGCCUGGCUUCCGCUGUGUGCCGCUGUACGACCGCAAGGGAAGGCCCAUGGUGGGGGAGCAGGGCGAUGAGGCAGAGGGGCCCAGGCUGCUGUGCCAGUUCGAGCUGUUGAAACCAGGGGAAGAGAACAAACCACAGGAUAAAGUCCCCAAGUCGUCCACUUGGACAGGAGGAGCCGCUAGCAGCAAGACAGGCAAUGAACAAGAACCCCGCAGACCAAACGAGGACCCCUCGCGCGAAGCCGCCGUCGCGCUCUUCGCGGAAAUGGGCGUGACCGUGACGGCUCAAGACUUCGUCCCCUUCAUGGGAACAGGUGAAGCCAACUUCCUGGGCGGUGUGGCUCGGGUGUACGGAGUGGAGGGGUUUGACACGGACAAGGCCAAAAAGAGAUUCUUCGAGAUCUACAUUGACCGGUUCGCUCGGCCCAACUCGGGCAUUGGCUUCCCCGGUGCGCUCAAGCUAGUGGAGCAGUGCCGCGCGGCAGGGCUGAGAACAGCGGUGGCGUCCAGUGCGGAUCGAGUGAAGGUGGACGCCAACCUCGCAGCUGCAGGCAUCCCACAAGACAGGUUCGACGCCAUCGUAUCGGCGGACAAGUUUGAGCGCCUCAAGCCGGCACCCGACAUCUUUUUUGCCGCUGCCAAGGAGCUGGGCGUGCCCACACACCAGUGUGUGGUGAUUGAAGAUGCUCUCGCAGGCGUGCAGGCAGCCACAGCUGCUGGCAUGAGGUCCAUAGCCGUGACCACCACCCUGUCAGCCGCCAGCCUUGCCGCUGGCCGCCCCGCUCUCAUUCGCCGAGACAUCGCUGACAUCAGCGUGGCUGACAUCACCUCUCUGCGCUACCUCCAAGAUGAAGACGACGGCUCAUCUGGCGCUGCUGCCACGGCUGCCACAGCUGAUGCAUCACUGUGUGCGCCUGCUGCAUCAGGGGAGAGCAAGGGGCUGUGGGCGUCCAUAGAUGAGCCGCUUCCCCUGCCAGGCGGCAUGAGGGUGACGCGGCGGGACGCCAUGCGGUACAGCAGCCUGGCCAUGGGUCUCGCCACCACCGCCUUCACUCUCGACAACCUCAAGGCGUUCUCAUACGCGUCCCCCAAGGCGCUGCUCAACAUGCUCACGGGCACGGCUGUGCCGCCCGCCAAUGCGGCGGGGCCUCGUGGCCUCGUGAAGUACAUCCAGCAGCUGGACCGCAGUGGUGCGGCUGACGUGGUGCCGGACUUUGAGCCGCGCCUGCAGUGGCUCAACAGCGCCCCCCUCUCCUUCGACCGCGAGCUGCGCGGCAAGGUGGUGCUGCUGGACUUCUGGACGUACUGCUGCAUCAACUGCAUGCACGUCCUGCCAGACCUCGCCGCCCUCGAAAAGAAAUACGAGGGCCAACCAGUGGUGGUGGUGGGCGUGCACUCGGCCAAGUUUGACAACGAGAAGGACCUGCAGGCCAUCCGCAAUGCCGUGCUCAGAUAUGAUGUCGCCCACCCGGUGGUGAACGACGGGGACAUGCUCAUGUGGAGGGCACUGGGCGUGUCAUCAUGGCCCACACUGGCCCUCGUGGCGCCCACGGGUCGCCUCAUCGCCAUGGUACCGGGGGAGGGCAACCGCCAGCUGUUUGACGACCUCAUAGCGGCCGCCCUCGAGUACUACGGUGCCAAGGGCGCACUCAGCGACGCGCCCAUCCCGCUGGCGCUGGAGCGCAGCCGGGACCAGCGGGUGGUGGCGUCGCCACUGCGCUUCCCCGGCAAGCUGGCCUCAGACCUGGCUAACGGGCGCCUCUUCAUAUCCGACUCCAACAAUCACCGCAUCGUGGUGACGGACCUGCAAGGGAGUUUCCUGGCGCAUAUAGGAGGGGCGGGUGACGGGCUGGUGGACGGGUCGUUUGAAACGGCUCAGUUCAACAGGCCUCAGGGCGUGGCGUAUGAUCCUUCUCGGAACCUCCUGUUUGUGGCGGACACAGAGAACCAUGCCCUGCGGCAAGUGGACCUGGUGGCCGAGACAGUGACCACGGUGGCAGGGGAUGGGCGCAAGGGGCAGGACUACAAGGGCGGGGCCAGGGGCAGAGAGCAGUCAUUGAACUCGCCGUGGGACGUGGAGCUGACAGCGGACAGGGCGGCAGUGAUGGUGGCCAUGGCGGGGCAGCAUCAGAUCUGGCGGUUCGAUCUCGACACGGGGCGAUGCAUGGUGUUCAGCGGGUCGGGUUACGAGAGGAACCAGAACGGCCGAAUGGGCUCUGACACGGCGUAUGCCCAGCCGUCGGGGCUGUCCCUGGCCCCAGGCGGCAGGGAGAUGUACGUGGCGGACAGUGAGAGCAGUGCGCUGAGAGCGCUCAAUCUGCAGACGGGGGGCUCCAGACUCAUCGCUGGGGGCGACGCCAACUUUGCUGAGAAUCUCUUCAAGUUUGGUGACCGUGACGGCUCUGCAUCCAGAGCUCUCCUGCAGCAUCCACUUGGCACGCUCUCAUUGGACAAUGGCAUGGUGCUUGUUGCUGACUCAUACAACCACAAGAUCAAGCUGGUGGAUCCGGCUCGUGGCUCCGUGGUCACCCUCGCAGGCACCGGCUCAGCUGGUUUCAGAGACGGCCCGGGAUUACAGGCACAGCUCUCAGAGCCAGCAGGCCUGGCACAUGGUCCAGAUGGCACGGUACUCAUUGCCGACACCAACAACAGCCUCAUUCGCUGCCUGCACCUCCCAUCCGCCUCCUCCCCCACCGCCCUGCUCUCCACUCUCGACCUCUCCUCCCUCCCCCCUCCUCCCGCCGCCUCCUCGUCGACUCAGCAGCGGCGCCUGAGGCGGCGGCAGAAGGCGGACGAGCAGGUGGUGGAGGUGGCGCCAGUGACAGCCGCCAGGGGCACGCUGCAGCUCGCACUCUCCAUCCCGGCCGACUACCACUUCACUGCUGGCGCCACGAGCAAGUUCAGUGUGGAGCUGCCGGAAGCAGGGAGUGCAGUGACAGUCACACCACAGGCCGGUGACCUCACUCUAUCCGGGUCGCUCGCCCUCGCCUCACUGGACUUCACUCAGGAAGAAGCGGUUGACAGCAGUGGCAGCUUGGUGGUGCAGGUUCACUGCAAGGUGUACUACUGCCAGCAGGACGACCUGUGUCUGUACAAGGCUGUCAACUUCAAGAUUCCAUUCAUUCCAUCUGCAGCAGCAGAAGCACAGGACGUGCAGCUGCCAUUUGACAUCACCCCUGCCCCUGCAGGCAAGGCUCUGCUGCCAGCUGCAUGA